UCUCGCGUCUUAACCUGGAGGCUCUGACUGAAGAGAAGGGCACCGAGCUCUGCUUCUAGUCCCGACAUUCAGCGGCUCUUGCAAGGAGUCCGGACAUCCCCGGGGAGCUCGUCAUGUGGCAAAAAGUCAUGGGCAGAGCGUGGGAUUUCCGCCUGGUGUUCUUGCGCGGGCCGGGCCACCCUUUGGGGAAGAUCUUUCCGAAAAGCUACGACCGAAGGGGACUUAUAACGAUGUCGGUCACUCCCGCUGUAGGCUUGGCAGAUCAGCCUGCCAAAGUGACGAUCGAAGGACUCGCGCCUUUGCAGGGAGUGACGCUCCGGGCGCUAGUAGUGAACGGGCAGGGCAGCCUCUUCGACGCCUGCGCGCAUUACCAAGCGGACCAGCAGGGGGGAAUAGACCUGUCCAGAGAUGUUUCUAAGGGUGGGGAUUAUGUCGGAGUUGAGCCCAUGGGGCUGUUUUGGAGCCUGACCCCCGCUACCAUAGAGAAGCCUUACCAAAGGCUGGAGCCCGAGGACGUGGAGAGUCCCGUGAAAGUGCAGAUCACGGUGCAUAAGGAAUACAGCCAGCCCGGGACCAUCCCCGGACAGGUGCUUGCUCAAACGAGCGUGGAAAGGUGGUUCACUCUUCCUGACGUGAGAAGGAUUAGGUUGAAGGAAGGUGCGGUAAGAGGCAGCUUAUUCCUUCCGCCAGGGAACGGCCCAUUUCCAGCUGUGAUAGACAUGUUUGGUGACGAAGGUGGGUUAAUCGAAUUCCGAUCCAGCCUUCUGGCAACCCAUGGCUUUGCAGCUCUUUCCUUGCCAUAUUUUAAUUUUGAAGAUCUUCCAAAAGUCAUGGAUGAUUUCCGUCUUGAAUAUUUUGAAGAGGCAGCCAGGUUUUUGUUGCGCCAUCCGAAGGUUAAAAAAUCAGGAAUUGGUGUUAUUGGAACUGGGAAAGGAGGAGAACUGGCUUUGUCAAUGAUGACCUUCCUUCCAGAAGUAGUGGCUGCUGUCUGCAUUUCUGGCUGCAGCUCCAUCACCGCCACUGCCCUUCAUUAUGGAAAACAGACUCUGCCUGGGCUUUGCUUUAAUAUGAGUAGGAUUAAGAUUUUGGACAAUGGAAUAUUUGAUAUUUACGAAGCUUUGGAUGACCCAAGGAAUCCAGCCAAUUCACAGUCCCGGAUCCCCAUUGAAAAGGCAGAAGGCCAUUUCCUUUUUGUGGUUGGAGAAGAUGAUCACAAUUGGAAGAGCUCCUUGUAUGCUGAAAUAGCUACUACAUGCCUACACCAGCAUAAGAAGGCCAAUUUUAAUCUCUUGAGUUACCCUGGAGCAGGCCAUCGAAUUAAUCCAUCUUUUUCUCCUGUUUGCCUAGUAGCUUUAGACCGUGUUCUAGGGGUGCCUAUUCUGAGCGGUGGAGAGAACAAAGCUCACGCCCACGCGCAGGAACAUUCCUGGGGAAAGAUUCUUGAGUUCCUGAAUUUGCACUUGAAAUGAGACGAGCAGGCAGAUGGUUGAACACUGAAACAAAUUGAGAGAAAAAGGUUCCAAAGAAGAUGAAGAAAUAGUCAGGAACUGAGCAAGAAGGAUGGGCAGAGAUAAUAUAAAGUAUAUGCCUUGGGUUAUAUUAUGAACAGAUAACAAAAUAAGGUUAGUUCAGAUGGAGUGGCCAAAAGUAUAUUUUGUAGAAAUAUAAUUUAGACUACUGCAGCGAAGAAUGCCUUUGUUUACAGUGUUACAAAUAUCAGUUAACUCCUAAAACACUGCAACAAAUUAUACAUAGCCAGCAGCACCAAGUGUAGCUUCUGCCAUUUUGAGAUCAUAAAUACAACUAUUUCCUGCCUUCUGGCAAUGUUAUGUUUUUAGAAUAUAACUUCAGCACACAUAGCAAGUACCGUAUUGUUGCUUGAAUAGAGAACACAAAUGAGAGGUGGAUAUUAUAAUUGACAAUGAUAAAUGAAGUCAACUGCAAAGGGUAUUAGCCAAUUUAAUAUGAAAAAUGACUGGUUUUCUUUAGCUGCUAAUCAAAUUAUACUGGCUUUUACAACACAGAUACCUCUUUUCAUAAGACACAUUAUAGCUUAUGUGUAAAUUCAGCAAAAAUCAAUCUUGCCAAAAGUGCCAAAAUCUUUAGUUGGAAUCAGAUUUUUUAAAAAACAACGAAAUUAUAUAAAGCAUAGUACAGUUUCAAAUUUUACUAAGACUGGAAUUUGCAGUUUUAACUAAAAUGUACUUCCAAAAUAUAAGAACUGUCCCAUUAAAAUGUUUAGAGCAUGUCAGUUUUUAUGGCUUGUUCAUUAUAGGGGUGUUCUAUCACCAAUCACUAUAGUGAGAAAAACUAUAUAUUUUAUCUGCUCUGCAUAUUGGUACCACCUAAAUUGACAUUUAUAAUGAUGCUAAAAAUAAAUUGUCAAACAUUUAA